CACUUUCAUCGAGCUGUUGUUCUUGCCCAGACCUUCUCCUCGUCAGCGAACCCUCGCAUCCGGUUGGCCAGCCCGCCGCCGGUGCCAAUCACACAAGAUGUCGGACAACAACACCCACACAGCAACGGACAUUAUCACUUAUAUCGGCGUUCCCCUUGCCGUUCUGGGCGUGCUGCCGAUCCUGUACAACACAGUGGUGACGCUGGUGGCCGUCUCGCGCAUCAAGCGGACGCUGCGGCGCGCGCAGCUGACGGCGCUGACGCGCGGCGACGUGGUGAACCGCGUCAUCGAGAUCGAGCUACCCCGGUACGCCGUGGCCCCCUGGGACCGAUUCCAGCACCGGUCCCAGUACUGGCGGCUGGCGCGCGCGGGCCCCAGCGCCAUCCCCGGAGGGUCGUGGACGGCCUUCAACUGGCGCACGAGCGCCAUCGGCCUGCGGACGCAGCGCGUCGAGUACGCCGACCAGCUGCGGCAGCCGCAGGCCGAGGUGGCCUUUGACGACCUGGUCUGCUACCUGCUCGACCUGGGCGCGGCGCCCGAGCCGCACGGCUGGCGGCUGCUGCGGUCCACGGGCCUAUGGGCCCCCGUGGGCUGCGUGCUGAUGCGCAGCCCGGACGGCGCCCGCCCGGCCCUGACGGUCGCGCCCCUGACCGACUCGGACGGCCACCUGUCGCUCGCCGUGUCGUGGGCCGACGCGUGGACGACGCGCGACUGCUCCGACCUGCCGCCCUACUGGGUCGAGCUGCCGCCGUGGACGCGGAGGCCGAGGGGGAGGGCGGCGGCGGUGGCGGAAGUAGACGUGAGCGGCGGAGGCGACGCAAAGGUCGGCGGGGACAAGGGGGCGGCGGCGGCGGCAGAAGGCCAGGAUAAGAGCGACAAGGACGACAGCACUAGCAGCAGCAGCUGGCGGGUGCCCCGCGACCAGGCCGACGACACCCUCCGGCGCAAGGGAACCGACAUGUCGUCGUCCGUGGGCUCGACGCGACGUAGCGGGGUCCGAGGCCCGCGUCCCAUCACCUGCCAGAUCUCGGCCGAGGGCCUCGCGACGGCCCUGGCGCUCGAGGAGCGGCUCCAGAGCUCGGUCCAGCUCGACAGCUUGUCGGUGGACCACCUGCGCAUCGUCGGCGGUGGCGGUGGCGGGACGUACGGGGCCGGCAUCAGCGCCGCCACCACCACCAGCGGUAGUAGGUCCGACGGCACGUGGUUCGCCAGCGCCGCCACCGCCUUUGGCACCACCAGCCAGACGGUCCUGUGGAGCUACCGCAUCCCCGACGCCCUGGUACGCUUCGCCAACCGGCCCACGGUGCCGUGCGGCGUGCUCGUGCUGCUCGGCGUCGCCGCCGAGGACGAGACCCCGGAGUGGUCCACCGGCGGGGAAGGGGAUGAGGCGCGCCGCCGCAUGGAGG